UCCCCCAAAACAUUCAGACGCCAGGGAGAGGCAGAUGUGGACCAGAACAAUGGGAAGUCCUCAGAGAAGACAACGGUGACUGACUCCAUGGGAGCAAUGGGUCCAAAGAAUGCUUGGCCUCAUGCCAGCACAGCUGGCCCCACCACCAUCCGCCUCCGUUCGCUCCUCCUCUUCUCCCAAGAUGCCCCGGGGCCAGAGAACAACACCUUCAAAGACCGCCUCUCCACCUCGGAUGAGCCGCAGACCAUCGGGGAGCAGAGCACGGUGGGACCAGAGGGUGGUUCGGAUUUUACUGAGCAGGACACGGACUGAAGUUCUUCGGGCCAGAGAGACCAAGCCUAGC